GCCGCGAAGUUUCCGGUGUUGUGUACGUUCCUGGAAACAUGGCGGCCAGCUUCCGCGGCCGUCCUAUUCGGAGUCUUCGGAUGCGAGGUCGGAAUGACAGCGGGGAGGAGAACGUACCGCUGGAUCUGACCAGGGAACCAUCAGAAAACCUCCGUGAAAUCCUCCAAAAUGUGGCCAAACCGCAUGGAGUUAGUAACAUGCGAAAACUGGGCCACCUGAACAACUUCAUAAAGCUGCUAUGCAGCGUUGGCCAUCGAGAAGAAAUCUUUGGGUUUACAUACGAAGACAUCAUCGUUUGUCUGCGACUAGCUCUCCUAAAUGAGGCCAAGGAAGUGCGUGCUGCAGGGUUGCGGGCACUGCGUUACCUCAUCAGAGAUACACAUGUGCUGCAGAAGGUCCUCAGACUCCAGGUGGACUAUUUAAUAGCCAGAUGCAUUGAUAUCCAGCAAAGCAAUGAGGGGGAAAGAACUCAGGCACUGAGGCUUGUCCGAAAGAUUAUCACUGUCAAUGCCAUGCUGUUCCCCACCUCAGUCACAAACUCUCUAAUUGCUGUGGGCACCGAUGGACUCCAAGAAAGAGACCGCAUGGUUCGUGCAGCUAUUGCCAUCGUCUGUGAGCUAGCACUUAAGAACCCAGAGGUGGUUGCCAAACGAGGAGGCCUCAGCACCAUCCUGAAGAGUGUGAUUGACUGUCAGCUGAGUCGCAUCAACGAAGCACUGAUCACCACCAUCCUCCAUCUACUCAACCACCCACGUACCCGUCAGUAUGUGCGGGUUGAUGUCGAGCUCGAGCAAAUCCUCGCCCCUUUCACAGAUUUUCACUACCGGCACAAUGCAGACACGGCUGAAGGGCAACUCAAGGAGGACAGGGAGUCCCGUUUCUUGUCUAGUAGGAUGGCCAUCGUGGCAGCCUUCCGCUCCUGGUCUGGGAUUAUCAACUUAUGCAAGGCUGGGAAUUCCGGCAUCCAGUCUUUAAUUGGAUUACUUUGCAUACCAAAUAUGGAAGUUAGGAAAGGCUUGUUGGAGGUGUUGUAUGAGAUAUUUCGGCUCCCUGUGCCCAUCGCAACUCAAGACUUCAUGGAAGGUCUUCUUAGUGUCGACCCUGCCAGGUUCCAGGACACAUGGAGACUCUCUGACGGUUUUGUUGCUGCCGAGGCCAAAGUCAUCUUACCCCACCGAGCACGCUCCCGGCCUGAUCUGAUGGACAACUACCUUGGAUUUGUCCUGUCGGCUUUUAUUACCAGUGGCCUGCUGGAGGGUCUCGUUGAAGUUGUGACCAGUAGUGAUGACCAGCUGGCUAUCAGAGCCACCAUCCUGCUUGGCGACCUUCUGCACAUGGCAAACACCAUCCUUCCUCACUCCCACAGCCACCACCUCCACUGCCUUCCCACCCUCAUGAACUUGGCAGCCUCCUUUGACAUCUCUCAGGAGAGACGACUCCGGGCGAGCGCAGCAGUCAACAAUCUGAAGCGUUUCCAUGAGAAGAAGAAGAGAGGCUUGAAACCACACAGUCUUUACCUGGACCACAUCGUACGCAAGGCUGUUACUUGUCAUAGCCGCAGGGAGUCGCACACGCGUGCACACAGGGACAUCUAUGUCAUUAAGGACACAGAAGAUGCACUGAUGAUGAACCUGAGAGACAGUCAAAUUCUCAACCACAAGCAGAACCUGGAGUGGAACUGGCUGCUUAUUGCCACCAUCCUUAAGUGGCCAAACGUAAACCUCAGGAACAACAAAGAUGAACAGAUGCACAAGUUCGUGCGCAGGCUUUUGUUCUUUUAUAAGCCCAGUAGUAAAUUGUAUGCAGGACUUGCUCUGGACCAUGCAAAGGCCAGACAACUCACUGUGGUUGGAUGUCAGUUUGUCGAGUUCCUCAUGGACUCAGAUGAGGAUGGCCAAGGUUACCUGGAAGACCUGGUGAGGGACAUGGUGUCCUGGCUCUCCUCGUCUCUGGGACUGAAGCCUGAGCGCUGUCUGCAGAGUAACGGCCUGCUCACCACACUCAGCCAACACUAUUUCCUCUUCCUGGGGACCCUCUCUGCUCACCCGCAGGGAGUCAAACUGCUGGAGAAAUGUGGCCUGUUUCAGUGCCUGCUGAAUCUCUGCUCUGUGAAGAACCAGGAUGCUGUGCUGAAACUUGCUGUAACCACACUGGACUACAGCAGAGAUGGACUGGCCAGAGUGAUCCUCUCCAAGAUCCUUACUGCUGCUACUGAUACAUGCAGACUGUACGCCACCAAACACCUCCGUGUGCUGCUCCGUGCCAGCGUGGAGUUCUUCAGUAGUUGGGGCAUGGAGCUGCUGGUGACACAGCUCCACGACCACAACAAGGCCGUGUCCAUGGAGGCCCUGGACAUACUGGACGAAGCCUGCGAGGACAAGGCCAAUCUUCAUGCGCUGAUCCAGUUAAAACCAGCUCUGUCCCAUUUGGGAGACAAAGGCCUCCUGCUGCUCCUCAGGUUCCUGUCCAUUCCUAAAGGUUUCUCCUACCUCAAUGAGAGGGGUUAUGUCAGCAAGCAGCUGGACAAAUGGCAGAAGGAAUAUAACCUUAAAUACGUGGACCUGAUAGAGGAACAGCUCAACGAAGCACUAACAACCUAUCGCAAACCUGUCGACGGAGACAACUAUGUCAGACGCAGCAACCAAAGGUUACAGAGACCAAAUGUCUAUCUUCCUGUGCACUUGUAUGGCCAGCUGGUCCACGAUAAGACAGGCUGUCACCUUUUGGAGGCUCAAAGUGUGGUUCCCGACCUGAGUUACACAGUUCGCUCCCCGAUGCUGGACACCUGGGAGGGCAUCAAACAGCUGAAGGCUGCUCUCUGGGCUCUGGGCAACAUUGGCUCUUCAAACUGGGGACUGAACCUCCUGCAGGAAGAGAAUGUCAUUCCUGACAUCCUCACGCUGGCACAGCACUGUGAGGUGCUUUCAGUACGAGGGACAUGCGUGUAUGUGCUGGGCGUCAUCUCCAAAACCAGGCAGGGCUGUGAGGUGCUGAAGCAGUACGGCUGGGAUGCGGUCCGACACAGUCGCAGGACGCUGUGGCCCGUCACUCCAGACGAGGUCGACACACAGUUGACCUCUGAACUCUCCUCGGUGCCAAGCACGCUCAGUCUGAACUCUGAAUCCACCAGCUCGCGUCACAACAGCGAGAGCGAGUCUCAGCCAAACAUGUACAUAAUGGAUGAUGACAAGUGUGACGGUCUGGACUCGUCAGAUGAGCCCUCUUUCUGCCUGCACCCCAAACCAGUCAAGGACCGCAGCCCCUUCACCAUCCUGGCGUCCACACGCUUUGUUCGCAACCGCUUCCUGAACUCGUUAUCGCUCCCGAGUAAGAAGCUGCGCUCUACCAGUGACCCCAAGACCCCAUCGGGAUCCCGUACCCCCACUGACUUCAAGACGGGGAGUAUGAGGCGGAACAGGACGGUGACGGAACCCUCGGUCUACAUCCCAAACCAGGGGGACGUCUUCACCCCCAUGUUUAAUGGCAGAGGAAUGCCGAAGAGUCCCACGGUGAGCCUGGAGACGUCUUUUGUCGGGACCAGGGACGGCUCUGAGGAGCAGCUUGUGGACGGAAGGCUGGCGAGGGGGGGAAGCUCAGGCCUUGGACUAAGUGGUCUAGGAGGGCACGGGGCUGUAGAGCACCCCAGCCGAGAGAGGGAGCAGAGCAGCCGGGAGCGUUUGGCAGGAGGAGACGGCGGCUCGUCCUCUAGUGGAGGCAACAUGGGGGGGAGCGGAGGGGGCGUCGGCGGAGGUACUCAGUUUAAAAGCCGCAGCCAGAGCUUUAACACGGACACCACAACCAGCGGCAUCAGCUCCAUGAGCUCCAGCCCCUCGAGGGAGACUGUUGGAAACCCGGAGCAUCCCGAACCGGAGCCAGACUCGUCAGACUGCGCGAGCCUCAACACAGUUGUGUCUGCCAAGACUGUCAAAACGCUCUCCUCCCUCACACCCCAGGCUCACACCAACCACAUGUCAAUGUCCAAGUCGUCCACUGUCUCUCUGGUACCUCCCGGCUCCUCGCACACACUCCCCCGCCGCGCUCAGUCCCUCAAGUCUCCUUCAGUGACCACCAUCAAGAGCCUGGCUGACUGCAGCUUCAUGUACACCAGCCCGAGAGACGCGCUGGGCUACGCUACGCUGAAGAGGCUGCAGCAGCAGAGGAUACACCCAUCUCUGUCUCACAGCGAAGCGCUGGCUUCUCCUGCCAAAGACGUGUUGUUCACUGACGCGAUCACGAUGAAGACGGGCAGCCUGGACUCCAGAUUAACACCUCGCAGUCUCUCCCCCCGGGUCCUCUCACGCACCUCUCCUCUUGCCUUCCCUAGGUUCCUUAAAGCUCUGAGCUUCGCCUCUCUGGAUAAAGAGGAACUGCUCAGUCCCAUCAACCAAAGCACUCUGCACCGAUGCUCGUCCGUGCGCUCCAUGGUCUCCAGCGCCACCUACGGCUGCAACGACGACUACAUCGGCCUGGCGCUGCCCAUGGACAUCAACGACAUGUUCCACAUCAGAGACUUGUCGUACUUUCAGCAGAGGGUCAGCCCUUCGUCUGAGGAGCGAAAGCGCUUCCUCUUCGGCGACGACGGCGAUCGCCCGGCCAUCCCAGUGCUGAAGCAGCAGUUCAGCAUCUCUGAGCUGAUCGUGUCCCGAGGCGACAGCCAGAACCACCUGGUGGGUUCAGAGGAGACGGGACUGCAGGAUCACUCUGAAGAGAACUGCCUGUACUGUGUGGGCGCCAUCGUCCUUGGGUACCCCACACAGCCACAGCUCAACAGCACGCACCCUCGGACAGAUUACGUGGACUUCCCGUCGUGGGGGGGUCAGAGCGGCCACCGUCUGGAGGUGAUGCCUCAGUCUAAGUUCUCUGGAGUGUCCGGCUGCAGUGACGCUGCCGUGUCACAAGGUUCCGUCUGUAGCACGCCCACACCUGCUGACAUCGUCAUCGAUGGGAAAGCCCUUUCAGAAGAUGGCCCCGCCUCCCGGGUUCUGCUGAGGAAGGAGGUUCUGCGCCUCAUCAUCAACCUCAGCUCCUCUGUCGGAACCAAAGGCCACGAAACAGGACUACUGACGAUAAAGGAGAAGUUUCCGUACGCGUUUGACGACAUCUGCCUGUACUCGGAGGUUUCUCACCUCUUAGCUCACUGCCUGUUCCGUUUGACCUCGAGGCGUUUCAUACAGGAGCUCUUCCAGGACGUGCAGUUCAUGCCCAUGUACGAGGAAGCAGAGGCAAUCCUGACAAAGUUACCAAAACCUGUCCAAGAGGACGCCGUUGACCCGCCGGUCGAAGCCUGAUCGUCCCUCACAGCCCCCGGCUCUGUCGCCCCGACAACCAUGAACAAUUACAAGACUGACAGAUUGAAGUUCAGCUCUGAGGAUGGAGGAACGUGUUUCUGUUGCUCUAACACAGAAAAAAACAUAGCCGAGGAGGAGGAGGAGGAGGAGGAAGUGGUCGUCACACAACUUUCUUCUCACAAACACGAGCGGGGAAAAGGGACAAAGUUUUACCUGACACGCCUAAUGCUGUCACUUUUCUUUCUAACAGGAAAAAGGCGGAGCAAUCUUAACCAAAUACUGUUUGCAGAUCGGUCGGCUUCUCGAGCGACACGUGAUGAAACGUGUGAAUGAUGCUCAAGGACAAACAGGACCAUGAAGACAGAGACGGAGACACAGUCCUAUCACCAUUGUUUUUCUCUAUUGAAAUGAAUACGGCAUGAUGUUGUUGUGUCGACCCAGUGAUUCUUUUUUCUCCUGAUGUAACAAAACACUACAGAGGAAUCCUGCUGUUUUUAAACAGGACCUGGACCCUCCCUGGUCCUGGUCCUGGUCCACGUGGAGCCUCCCUGGUCCUGGUUCACGUGGAGCCUCCCUGGUCCUAGUUCAUGCGGACCCUCUCUGGACCUGGUCCUGCCCCUGCCUGUGCUCUCUUUAGCCACACAUGUGCUUUUGCUUCUCUUGCCUCACCUCCUCACCUAUUCAUGUCCUCCACCUCCUCACUUCCUCACCUCCUUACCUCCUCACCUCUUCACCUCCUCAAGUCUUCACUUCCUUACCUCCUCACCUCCUCUACAACCUGUAGCCUCUGGUCGGCGCAGAGAGCCGCUGACUCUCGUGUUCCUCGUAUCUCUGACAAUCAAACAUCGAACGUGGCGUCGCGCAGCUCUUUGCCGCUCUGACGCCGUACGUGAGAAUAGCAUGUGAUGUGACACUAGUUGACGUCAUCCUUUUACUUCCUUAGGACCUUUUUUGAUGUUUUUCUCCACUCGUUGCUUUGUUCGAAAGCGUUUUUUAAAAUCUGUACAAGGAUUCAUCACAAACUCUGCUCAUAGACAGUUGCAUAAACCUGCGUGAGGCCGUCAGCUGCCCGACUCUAAGCCUUCUUACCUUUGUGCUUCACCCUCGCUGCAUGUGCAACACGCUCGGCUAAGUUGUGACGUCACCCUAACCCUUCUUCUUCUUUUUUUUUUGCUUGUAAAACUUUAUAUGAAUAGUUUGCCAUUACACGCUGCCAUUACAUUGUAGGAAUAGUCUGACCCGUGAAUCUGUUUCCACAAUGCAAUAUCACUGUCUGUCAUUGGCUGAGAUGGGCGAGGGGGUGUGAUGACGUAAAGAGUUUUAAGAGGUUUCCAGGGAAACGGGGAUCCCUUGUUUCCACUGGCUUGUUUUUUGCUAUAAUGCUGCUACUAAAAUGGACUCGUAGAGAGAUGAUUGAUAGAUCAGCCGAGCGGUGUCGCGCCUGAUCUAUUUAUUAUAUGUCUGUACCAUAGAGUGAGCUCAACCAGAGAAGAAAAAAGUUAUUUAUAUUUUUUCCUCAAGACUGUAUUAUAAUUUAAAAAGAUGUUUGUUUGUUUUUGUUCUUUUUUUUUUUUUUUUGCCUGAAUCGUUGUUUCCCUUGUAAAAUGUGUACAGUGUGUUUUUGGGGCAUUGAUGACCUAAAGAAACAUACAAUCCUAUCAAAGGGAUGCGUUGUUAAUAAAGUUUAAUUUGAAAUACCAAA